AUGUGCACCCUCACCCGUGGGCUGGCGCUGCUGCUGGGUGCGCUGCUGUGGCAGGCGCUGGACGGGGCCCCGCUGGCCGAGCUCUCAGGGGACCAAGAUUUCCAGCUCUUCCUGCACAAGAACCUCGAGUUCACCCGCAAGAUCAAGGGGGACGUGGCUGUGCUGCAGCAGGCAGUGUGUGACACCUUCCAGCUGUGCAAGGAGGAAGAGCUGCUGCUGGUGCAGCAGGACCUGGGCAUCACGCGGGCACCUCUGGAGCAAUGUCACAGCCGCACCUUCCAGGCGGACGCCUGCUUCAGUCAGAUCCGCGCUGGGCUCCGCGCCUACCGGGGCUCCCUGGCCGCCGUCCUGGAGCUGCUGCCCGGGCAGGCCGGGCUGGUGGAGACCCUGCAGCUGGACACUGCCAACCUCUCCUCCAACAUCCAGCAGCAGAUGGAGGACCUGGGCCUGGCCACGGUGACCUACCCCGCCGAGGACCGGGGUCCCCUCCCCGCCUUCUCCUCCGACUUCCACCACCAGGUCGGCGGCUUCUUCAUCCUGGCCAACUUCCAGCGGUUCCUGGAGACAGCGUACCGGGCGCUGCGGCACCUCGCCCACCUCUGA